CUUAUAAACAAGACUGAUUCAGCCAAUUUCUCAUCUAUGUCUCUCUCUCUUUCAGUUCCGGACUCUGGGCAUCCCGCCCGUAUGGGUGCAGUGAGGGCGAUAGGGGACAGCUACUUCCUGUCCGCAAAUAUCAGUGGGUUCGAGCCACAGGAAGUGGUGGUGCUAGCAUAUAAUCAGUGUGUAGUUAUUCAUGCAGAGAAGACGGGAGCAGACGGAAGUGUCACAGGCAAGUUUACCCAUAAGUCUCAGCUGCCAGAAGACAUGGACCUGUUGUCUGUAAGCAGCACACUGACUGAAGAGGGGAUGCUGGUGAUCGGCGUCAGACGCGUCCCAAAACUGCCAACCAAAUCUCUGACUCCUGUCUUCUGCUCCGAAACUCACCUUUGACUUCUGUCCUUUGAUCUUUGCUCAUCUUUACACUGUAGACAAGAGAAGGAACGUUGAAAAUGGCAUCUUACAAUCAAGUCAAAUCUGAUAGAUCUUUUUUAUUUGUCACAUGGCCUUAAUAUGUGAAUGAUUUUAUAACAGUUGUACAAUAGGGUGUGAGCUCUCUUGUAGACUGCAUCAGUAUACAUACUGCAGAAAUAACAAGGAUAGUGUGGUCGGAUGCUAUUCCAAACAUAGUUUUAUAGCUGAAGUGUGAA